GAAGCAGAAGCCAGUGAAGGAGAAGAAGCAAAAGGUGGAGAAGGAAAAGGAGAAAGCAGUAAAGGAGGAGAAGCAGAAAGCAGUGAAGGGGGAGAAACAAAAAGCAGUAAAGGAGGAGAAGCAGAAAGCAAUAAAGGAGGGGAAUCAGAAAGCAGUGAAGGAGGAAAAACAGAAAGCAGUGAAGGAGGAGAAACAGAAAGUAGUGAAGGAGGAGAAACAGAAAGCAGUGAAGGAGGAGAAACAGAAAGCAGUGAAGGAGGGAAGCAGAAAGCAGUGAAGGAGGAGAAACAGAAAGCAGUGAAGGAGGAGAAACAGAAAGCAGUGAAGGAGGAGAAACAGAAAGCAGUGAAGGAGGGGAAGCAGAAAGCAGUGAAGGAGGAGAAGCAAAAGGUGGAUAAGGAAAAGGAGAAAGCAGUAAAGGAGGAGAAUCUGAAAGCAGUGAAGGAGGAGAAACAGAAAUCAACGAAGAACGAGAAGCAGAAAACAGUGAAGGAGGAGAAGCAGAAAGCAGUAAAGGAGGAGAAACAGAAAGCAGUUAAGGAGGAGAAACAGAAAUCAACGAAGAACGAGAAGCAGAAAGCAGUGAAUGAAGAGAAGCAGAAAACAGUGAAGGAAGAGAAGCAGAAAGUGGUCAAUGGUGAGAAGGUGGAAGAACAGGGGGAGCAGGAAAAACCUACCACAGUAAGGAAAAGGAAAAAACGGAAGGUCACCAUUGCACCUGAGGCCAUAACCUUCGAAUCUACAGAGACGGCAAUGUCUGUGACUCCUCGUCCACGUCUCCGGGAGAGGUCUGCAUCUGAGGAAAGUAGAAGCGAGCUGUGGUCUUCAACCUUUCCUGGAGACACAUUGCCCUGGAAUCUGGCCAAACACCAGCGUGUCAAACGUUCUAAAUCAGCAUCCGGAGAUGUUCUGGACCCAGCUGAGAGGGCAGUCAUCCGCAUCGCAGGUAAGCUGAUGUUUGUGCUCUACUUUUUGGGUGUGGGAGGUUUUAUGGUCUCCAGAGCAGAGUAAGUAUGAUUUAUGGCAGCUGACCUCUUCAACUUGCCCUGACACUAAAUACUUCAGAGCAGGAAGAAGCUUUCACAAGCUCACAAGUCCCAAAGCCUUAACCACUAAGCCACCACUGGUCCUUUUGAUGCUCUGCUCUUCUGGUAUCCCAAAGGAACAGAACACUCACUUUUAGAGGUGCUAAAUAUGCCCACAUUCUUUUAGUUAAUGAUGGAUUAUAAGUGGCUUUUACACCAAGGAACAGCUCAAACUGGAACAGGGUUGGGUCUUCUACAGUAGAUCAAAUGAAGGGAAACCUCAGUGUUACUGCAUCCAAUUUACAUAUGGCUGGAAAAGGCAUGUAGUGUAUUUGGGUGGUUUCAGGGUGGAGGUGUCCUUUAAAAAAAGUAUGACAGUAAUCAUACUCGGCUAAUAGUGACUUCUGACUUCAAACGCAUGGCCCGUUCACAAACAGGCCUUUGUAAUGCAAAAAUGUACAAUAGAUAAAAAAAAAAACAGACCCUUUUUUCCCAUUCUGUCUCCAGGAAGAUGCAGGUUUUCCACUGCUAUG